UUCGCAAUGGCUACAAACCGAGGGGUCAAACAUGUUUCAGUUGUCGUUUUUCUGCACGUUUUGUGAUCUGUGUUUUUUCUGUGAUGUCAGAAGACCUAGGGGGUUGUUCUAAAAGACGAAUUCACAGUGUUUUAUAAUUGCAAAGCUUCUGUAGCUGUGAGCCACCUGAACUCAACUCACCUCUAACUGUAACAGUGCUGUUAGUUUAGUUCAAAAUGAGGACGUUACUGAAGGUGGUCAGCAUUAGCAGGACUUCUGUCCGUUCUUUUACCCCAGCACAGGGUGCCAAGGGGUUUUCAGUGCUGGAGUGCCGCUUAGGAUAUACACAGAAAGCAGUGGGAAUAUGGGCUGUGGUGCUGAGCAGACAUUGUUCGACGUCUGUGGAAGGCCGGACCGAGCCAUCCAUGCUGAGACACCUAACCUCCAAGAUCACAGCCACUGGACCUAUUACAGUAGCGGAGUACAUGCGAGAGGUUCUCACCAACCCAGUUUCAGGAUAUUAUGUGAAGAAUGAUAUGCUGGGAGCUGAUGGAGAUUUUAUCACAUCACCAGAAAUAAGCCAGAUCUUUGGAGAGCUGGUAGGUGUCUGGUGUGUGAGUGAGUGGAUGGCUGCAGGAAAACCUAAAGCACUUCAGCUCGUAGAACUCGGGCCAGGAAGAGGUUCCCUGACCAGCGACAUCCUCAGGGUUUUCCGUCAGUUGCAGUCGGCUCUAAAUGGGGCAGCAGUGUCCGUCCACCUGGUAGAGGUCAGUCCAAAGUUAAGCCAGGUCCAGGCUAAAUGUCUGACUGGCGAGCACACUCAGGUGUGUGUGAGUGAUGAAGAGGUAGUGUACCGCACCGGCACCUCACACACCGGCCUGCCGAUUGCUUGGUACCGCAGAAUAGAGGACGUCCCCAAAGGUUUCAGUAUAUUCUUAGCCCAUGAGUUCUUUGAUGCUCUACCCAUCCACAAGUUUCAGAGAACAGAAAAGGGUUGGAGAGAGGUGAUGGUUGAUAUUGACCCAGAGGAACCGGAAAAGCUGAGAUUUGUGGUUUUCCCUGCUCCUACACUUGCCUCCACUACACUAAUACAAGCAGACGAGAAGCGAGAGCAUGUGGAGGUUUGCCCAGAAGGUGGAGUCAUUGUUCAGAAGUUGGCCAAUCGGAUUGUGGAGGAUGGAGGUGCAGCACUUAUCACAGACUAUGGACAUGAUGGGACAAAGAUGGACACUUUCAGAGGCUUCAGGGGCCAUAAACUGCAUGAUGUUCUGCUGGCUCCUGGUACUGCAGAUUUGACCGCAGACGUAGACUUCAGCUAUCUGAGGAGGAUAGCUGGAGAUGACGUCGUCUGUCUGGGACCAAUCACACAGAGAACCUUCUUGAAGAACAUGGGCAUCGAUACACGCUUACAGGUCUUGUUGAGGAACUGCCAUGAUGCCUCUACGCGAGCUCAGCUCAUCCAAAGCUACGACAUGCUGACCAACCCUGAGAAAAUGGGCCAGAGGUUCCAGUUCUUCUCUCUGCUGUCUCGCAGCCGGCUGGCUGAGCCGCAGGAGGAGGGAGAGGGGCUGAAGAGGAGAAAGAAAGGCAGAGCGCCGCUGCCUGUGGCUGGAUUCUCUGAACUUGGCCUGCAGUGAGGGCCACAGCACUCAUAUGGACAAAAGUAUGAAUUAAAACUCAUUAGUUCUCAGAAACUGGA